UCCUUCUGGCUUCCUGCUUCUCGACAACAUCCCCGCGUCGACGACGAGCACCGGCUGAAGAUCAAUUAGAGACCGUCGAACUGCGCAGCGGUUUUUAUAUUCAUUUGCUUGAGAAGUAAAUCAGCUGUCAUCAGUCGUCACCAGUCGUCUCACUUCCUGCCUCCUGCAUCACCAUCAUCCACCUCACAUCGCAAUGUCUAUCGUCCCAAAAGUCGUCUACCCGGUCCACCUCUACCCGACAUACGAGCCUCGUGAUGCGAUCGCGACCUCAGCGGCCCUUGCUGUGCCCUGUCUCGGUGCCGGUCUGGCCAUGACCGCCGCCCUCGAGCGUAUCCAGACCCCGAAAGCAAAGAUGACCGAGUCGGCCAUUCGUAUCGCCAAAAACACCGGAUAUAUCGCAUCCGUUGCGGCUUUGUAUCAGUUUGUCGAGAUUGCGUCGGCGAAUCUGCGGGAAACGGAGGACGGAUGGAACAAAUUCUACGGCGGCUUGGCCGGUGGUGCGCUCAUCGGUCUCAAGAAGGGCACAAUGACGAGCACAAUCUGGACCUCGCUCGUCCUCGGAUCCGCGCUCGGUCUCGCGGGCUGGGCCGGCGGUCUGUUCAGCGCUCCUCUAGAGAAUGGCCCUGCGCCCGAAGGCUCACCAUACGACCAGAAGAAGGGCGACUUCUUCUCGAUCCGCUACCGGGCGCCGCUCUCCGAGACUAUCGACAAGCUGGGCGAGGGCCGGGGAAUCGAGUACUCCAAGGCCGGCGUGUCGAGGGAGUAGACUGCAUAUGAAGACAGCUGCUGUAAAUCAUUCCAUUCCAUUUUUCUUCUUUCUUCUUUCUUCUUUCUCUUUUCAUGUUCUAUCACCGGUUGGGUCUGCUUCGUAUAGUCUUCUUCACAUAAUACAAAGAUUACAUAACACA